AUGCCUGUCGUUGGAGCUGACGAUCAUAAGUUGCCGAGCAUCAUGAACGCUGACCUGAAUACUCCUGUGUCUUCAACGCUUCUAGUUGCACUUAGCCCUCGACUACUGUUUAUCGCAUCAAGGCUACGUGCCAUUGCUUAUAUUAAAUUGCGUAAACUACUACUACAUUUCCCACUGACAAUACAUGCCACAGUCACUCCUCGUCAUCUUGUUCGCCCUGCAGGUUGUCUUCACUGCAUUCCAAACAACAACGUCGGCCAUCCAUACGAAAUUGUUCCGGACAUCUGGGCUCCUGAAUAUAAUGUUCUUGUGGUCUACUUUUCGGCUGCAAGCAUUGUCUACAUGCCCCGGUUGCGUACGCUAUGGCUCAUUCCAUCUAUCACAGCCUGCCAAAGUCUAUGGACUGCCGUCUAUGUCUUCACCAUAGCAAUUUUAAUUGCAGAGUCCGCGAGGAGGACAAGGUUCCUACGGCGACUGUAUCAGAGCGUGACCCCGGAACAAGGUGGUGGGUUUUGGAGCCGGAGUCUUUUUAUCUGGGUACUCCCCUUCUUCCAUCAGGGUUACUCCAAACGCCUUCAGCUUGAGGACAUGCCCGGAAGCAAAGCUUCAAGUAGCAUGGGACAUAACCACCACUGGCUGACGACGACGUCUGCUCUACGCUACGUUUCGCGCGUACGGGUGGGCCUUUCUGUCCGCCAUUCCGCCUCGUCUGGCCUUGACGGCACUCAUUUUUGCGCAGCCAUUUCUCAUCACGGCGCUCGUGAAUUGGAUGGAGACAGCUGCAGCACCAGCCAACUAUGGUCCGGCGCUUACAGGAGCUGUUGUGCUCGUAUAUUCUGGUUUGGCGGUCUCAAAAGCAAUAUACUGGCGUCAAACGUAUCGUUUUAUCACAGCCAUUCGUGCAAGGCUUGUCUCUAUUAUCUACACCGCAACGACGGCGUUCAAAUCAAAGACAUGGCAGCCAUCACUUUGAUGGACACUGACGUAGAGCGGAUAGCCUCAGAUUUCAAAUUCAUCCACAGGAUACAGAAACGAUUGGCGGCUACCUCGCACAUGCUGGGUGACAUGAAAGCCGUGAAAAUGCUCGGGCUUACGGAUGUUAUGUUCACAGUGGUUUCAAGACUGCGAGAGGUCGAGAUCAAAACUUUAGAACGGUUCCGGAAACUUCUUUUAUGGCAGAUUUCUCUUUCUAAUAUUCCUACGGGUUUUGCCCCCUUUGCAACCUUUACUACAUAUGCUAUUAUCUCGGUUGUAAAAGCAGGCGAUUCACUAAACCUGGCACAGGCAUUCACUUCUCUUUUUCUGAUUUCCCUUCUCACGAGCCCUUUACUUACCUUCUGUCAAGCCUUGCCAUCCAUCGUCCAAACGAUCGCCUGCUUCGGACGCAUUCAGGAAUACAUCCUGGAUAAACAUGCUUCUCAGGGGGUGCGAUGGAACUGCAAGAGUAUGGAUCAAUCCACUGCAUCUAACGCCCCUUUGGUAUCAUUCGUCAAUGCGGACAUUUCCUGGUCCCCGGAUACUCAGGUUGUGCUGCAUGAUCUGAAUCUGAACAUCACCCAAGGAAUCACCGUGCUUAUAGGCCCCGUCGGGUCGGGGAAAUCAACCGUGCUAGAAAGCAUUCUCGGGCAAACAUCCGUCAAGCGCGGUUCAUUGAAUUCAACACUGACGAAAGUCGCAUAUUGCUGCCAGACGCCAUGGAUUAUAGAUGGCACCAUCCAGGAUAAUAUCACGGGAGGAGCUGAAUUUGACGACAGUUGGUAUCAAUUUACUAUUUCUGCUUGUGGUUUGGAAGCAGACAUGAAGGCGCUUACGAAAAGUGAUAUGCCCAGUAGGACCGGGAGCAAAGGGGUGUUGCUCAGCGGAGGGCAAAAACAACGGAUUGCUCUUGCCCGUGCUGUGUAUUCCAAGAACCAGGUCUUAGUUUUGGACGAUAUUUUUAGCGGACUGGACUCGAAGACGAUCAGUGUGUUAUCUCGUCGUCUCUUUGGCAGAGAAGGCUAUUUCAAGACCACUGGACGAUCCUUGAUUCUGGCCACACAUACGCAGCAAAUCUUUUCCUAUGCAGACAAUAUCAUCGUUCUCGACGACGGUAGGAUAGUCGACCAUGGACCGUACACGGAGAUUCUGGCGCGAAGGUCAGAUAUCAUUGCGGAAUCCCUCAUGCCCGUGCAGAAUUCGCCCACGUUAUCACCUGUAGAUGAAUCCCUGGCUUGCGAGAAAGCGGACGAAACCCAAGUCUUCGUCAGUGACGCAGACAGUAUACAUUCCAACGCUACCUCUACAGCACAAAGGGGCGGUACCUGGUCUGUGUACAUGUACUACUAUCAAAGUGCGGGAUUUGUCCCCGUCAUCCUUCUCGCGUUUUUCUCUGGGCUUGAAGCAUUUGGGUCCAAAUUUGCAACUGUAUGGCUUCAAUGGUGGACAGAAACAAACUCGCAGCAGCCAAAUAAGGAGCUGUGGAAGUACUUAGGGGUCUAUGCCUUGCUCUUUGGCUUAUCUUUUCUGGGCAUCGUGGCAGGUCGUUGGAUUUUCCUUGUCAAUAUCAUUAGGACCACCGGAUUGAGUCUGCAUCGCAAUCUUUUGCAGACGACUCUCGAGUCACUAUUCUCUUUCUUCCACAGGAUAAGCUCGGGGUCGAUGACGAAUAGAUUCAGUCAAGAUAUGCAGCUGGUCGAUAUGGAGCUCCCUAUGAACGGAGCCCAGUUUGUCACAGGCUCCUUCUCGUGUGUUGCCAAGUUGAUCAUUCUAUGUAUCCUUGGGAAGUAUCUUGCAGUAUCCGUUCCAUUUGUGCUGGGGAUCCUAUUCUUCAUGCAGCGGUAUUAUCUGCGGACAUCCAGCCAAGUUCGACUCGUAGACAUCGAAGCCAAGGCCCCUCUGUACAACCAUUUCAUCGAGAGUAUCCACGGUCUCUCGACCAUCCACGCGUUCAAAUGGGAGUCCCGAUUUCGGGACCAGGGCAAAGCAUACCUGAAUGAUUCUCAGAAGCCGUUUUACAUGCUCUUCUGCAUUCACAUAUGGUUGCAAUUGGUCCUGGACUUGAUUGUGGGUGCGAUUACAGUCGUCAUCGUCGCUACUAUGACAUCCAUGAGAGACCGCUUUGCUUCUGGGUCCAUCGGUGUUGCGUUGAAUCUUGUUCUCACACUCAAUCAGUCCCUUGCCCAGAUGAUACAGGAUACGCCUUCAGAGUCAGGCCUUUUAAUUACAUCGUUUCGCGUACGACCUGAAUGGCCUUUUCAUGGUGCCAUUGAAUUUAUAGGUGUUUUGGCUUGUUACAAUUCUACAAGCAUACCUGUACUUCAAAAUCUCCCUCUGCAAAUCCGAGCAGGAGAAAAAAUCGCCAUCUGCGGGCCUUCCGGCAGUGGGAAAACGUCGUUCAUCCUAGCUCUUCUCCAGAUGAUCGACGUCCAACAAGGCCGCAUCACAAUAGACGGCGUGGACCUGUCAACCGUGUCGCGAAACACGCUUCGCACACGGCUAAAUACUGUCCCUUCAGACCCCUUAUUCAUGCCUGGCACGGUCCGAUUUAACCUGGAUCCGCACGGAGGUGCGACGGAUGAAAGUAUAGAGUCGGCUAUCAAGAAGGUCGGCCUGUGGAAGCGCAUCAGUAGUGAAGGAGGACUGGAUGCCGAAUUUUCCGCGUCGGACUGGUCCAUUAGAGAUAGACAGUUGCUAGCACUCGCGCGAGCACUCAAUGUGUGCAGCCGUGUCUUGAUUCUAGACGAAGCCACCAGCAGCGUCGACUGGAAAACCGAGGCCAUCAUGCAAGACGUCAUUGACACAGAAUUCGCGUUCUCGCAAAUAGUAAUCUCUAUUCUACAUCGUUUACGACACAUCGAUCGAUUCGACCGAGUUGUUCUGCUGAAGAGCGGGCAGAUUGUGGAAUGUGAUAGUUCACGAGUUUUGCUUGCGCGGAACUCCAAGUUCCGGAAACUGUUCAUGUCGUUGGAAAGCAGUGAAACUUGA